UAGCGGCCUGGUAGUGUAUUCGUUGCCUUUUCUUGCUCAUCGGUCUCUCCUGGGCCUUUUUCUUAUUACAUCCCAGUCUCGCUUGACUCUGGCGAAGCGGCGAGAGGUUUGGUUCCUGGGUGCCCUGCGCGCACCUCCUUCUCCUCGUCGGCUUCCCGGGGCCAGGCGCGGACCGGAGAGUUGCCUCCCCCGCCCCUUGGAGCGGUGGCCGCCGUGGCACCUCCGUACUGCGUUUGCGAAGGGAGCUCGGGGAGGAGGAAUAGUACAAAAUGUCAAAAAUUAGAAGGAAGGUCACAGUGGAAAAUACCAAGACCAUAUCUGAUAGCACAUCCCGAAGACCCAGUGUGUUUGAGAGGCUUGGACCUAGCACUGGCAGUACAGCAGAGACACAGUGCCGUAACUGGCUGAAGACUGGCAACUGCCUCUAUGGAAACACAUGUAGAUUCGUACAUGGCCCUUCACCCCGUGGUAAAGGUUAUAGCAGCAAUUAUAGAAGGUCACCAGAAAGACCUACAGGGGAUCUGAGAGAAAGAAUGAAGAACAAGCGCCAAGAUGUGGACACUGAGUCCCAGAAACGAAAUGCAGAGGAGUCAUCCUCACCUAUUAGGAAAGAAUCUUCAAGAGGCAGACAUAGGGAAAAGGAAGACAUAAAAAUCACUAAGGAGAGAACUCCAGAAAGUGAAGAAGAAAACGUAGAAUGGGAAACUAGUAGAGAUGAUUCUGACAAUGGAGACAUUAAUUACGAUUAUGUUCAUGAAUUAUCAUUGGAAAUGAAGCGUCAGAAGAUACAGAGAGAAUUAAUGAAGCUGGAACAAGAAAACAUGGAGAAGAGAGAAGAAAUUAUUAUUAAGAAAGAGGUUUCACCAGAAGUGAUUAGAUCAAAAUUAUCUCCAUCACCAUCUCUAAGAAAGUCUAGCAAAUCUCCUAAGCGAAAAUCAAGCCCUAAGUUAUCAUCAUCAGCCAGCAAGAAAGACAGAAAGACAACUGCAGUAUCUUCUCCUUUGUUGGACCAGCAGAGGAAUUCAAAAAGCAACCAAAGUAAAAAGAAAGGACCUCGCACUCCUAGUCCACCCCCUCCUAUGCAGGAAGAUAUUGCUCUAGGGAAAAAAUAUAAAGAGAAGUAUAAAAUAAAAGACAGAAUAGAAGAAAAACCAAGAGAUGGAAAGGACAGAGGACGAGAUUUUGAAAGACAAAAAGAAAAAAGAGACAAACCAAGGUCUACUUCCCCUGCAGGACAUCAUCAUUCUCCGUUAUCUUCUAGACAUCACUCAUCUUCCUCACAAUCAGGAUCAUCUGUUCAAAGACAUUCUCCUUCUCCUCAUCGAAAAAGAACGCCUUCGCCAUCUUAUCAGAGGACAGUAACUCCCCCUUUACGACGCUCUGCUUCUCCUUAUCCUUCACAUUCUCUGUCUUCUCCUCAGAGAAAGCAAAGCCCCCCAAGACAUCGCUCUCCAAUGCGGGAGAAAGGGAGGCAUGAUCAUGAACGAACUUCACAGUCUCAUGAUCGGCGUCAUGAAAGGAGGGAAGAGACUAGAGGCAAAAGGGAUAGAGAAAAGGACUCAAGAGAUGAACGAGAAUACGAACAAGAUCAGAGCUCUUCUAGAGACCACAGAGAUGACAGAGAGCCUCGAGACGGUCGGGACCGGAGAGAUGCCAGGGAAGCCAGAGACCGACGGGAGCUGAGAGACUCCAGGGACAGCCGGGACGGCCGGGACGUGAGAGACUACAGCAGAGACAGUAAAGAGAGCCGCGAGCCCAGAGACGCUCGGUCCGCUCGCGAGGCCCAUGACUGCAGGGACCGUGAGAGUCGGGAUCCGCAUCGAAAGGAGGACACAUACCAGGAGGACUCUCGAAGCUACGGCAGGAAUCACCUGAGAGAAGAAAGUUCCCGUGCUGAAAUAAGGAGUGAUUCCAGAAAUGAGUCUCGAAGUGAAAUUAGGAAUGACCGGAUGGGCAGAAGUAGGGGGAGAGGUCCGGAAUUACCUGAAAAGGGAAGUCGAGGCACAAGAGGCUCUCAAAUUGAUAGUCACAGUAGUAGUAGCAACUACCAUGACAGCUGGGAAACUCGAAGUAGCUAUCCUGAGAGAGACAGAUACCCUGAAAGAGACAACAGAGAUCAAGCAAGGGAUUCUUCCUUUGAGAGAAGACAUGGAGAGAGAGACCGACGUGACAACAGAGAGAGAGCUCCUAUGUUCUACACCUCCUGCUGCCCCUAUCCUUUGCCACCAGUGUUCUCAGGUCCUGCUGGGGGGACAGAGAAGAUCAGAGAUCAAAGACCAAGCUCACCGAUUCGUCAUCAGGGAAGGAAUGACGAGCUUGAGCGCGAUGAAAGAAGAGAGGAACGAAGAGUAGACAGAGUGGAUGACAGAAGAGAUGAGCGCGCCAGAGAGCGGGAGCGCGAGCGCGAGCGGGAGCGGGACAGGGAGCGCGAGCGCGAGCGCGAGCGGGAGAAGGAGAGGGAACUUGAGAGAGAGCGCGCCAGGGAGCGGGAGCGGGAGCGGGACAAGGAAAGAGAGCGCGAGCGCGAGCGCGAGCGGGAGCGCGACCAUGACCGGGAGCGCGAGCGCGAGCGGGAGAAGGAGCGGGAGCGCGAGCGCGAGCGAGAAGAGAGGGAGCGUGAGCGCGAGCGGGAGCGGGAGCGGGCCAGGGAGCGGGAGCGCGAGCGCCCCAGGGAGUGGGAGGACAGGGACCGCGGGCGGGACGACCGCAGGGAGCGGCGGGACGACGCCCGCGAAGACCGGAACCCCAGGGACGCCCACGACGAGAGGAGGGCCAAGAAGCGCUAUAGAAAUGAAGGGAGUCCUAGCCCUCGGCAGUCACCUAAGCGCCGGCGAGAACAUUCUCCUGACAGUGACAACUACAACAGUGGAGAUGAUAAAAAUGAAAAACAUAGACUCUUGAGCCAGGUUGUUCGACCCCAAGAAUCUCGUUCUCUCAGUCCAUCACACCUUACAGAAGACAGACAGGGUAGAUGGAAAGAGGAAGAUCGUAAACUAGAAAGGAAAGAGAGUUCAAGGCGCUAUGAAGAGCAGGAGCUCAAGGAGAAAGUUUCUUCUAUAGAUAAGCAGAGAGAACAGACAGAAAUCAUGGAAAGCUCAAGAACUCGUGCCCAGGACAUGAUAGGACACCGUCCAUCAGAAGAUCGAGACACAUCUGACCGAGCUCAUGAUGAAAACAAGAAAAAAGCAAAAAUUCAGAAGAAACCUAUUAAGAAAAAGAAAGAGGAUGAUAUGGGAAUAGAGAGGGGUAACACAGAGAUAGCAUCUGAAGAUGGUCAAGUGUUUUCACCAAAAAAAGCACAGAAGAAAAAAAGUGUUGAAAAAAAACGUAAAAGGUCCAAGGGUGAUUCUGAUAUUUCUGAUGAAGAGGCAGCCCAACAGAGUAAGAAGAAGAGGGGCCCACGGACUCCCCCUGUAACAACCAAAGCAGAAUUGGUUGGAAUUUCCAAUGAUAAGGACAGCACUCUAGAGGAUCCUCAGAAAAAAGAGGAUACGGCGUUCAGUGACUGGUCUGAUGAGGACGUGCCUGACCGUGCAGAGGGGGCGGAAUCAGAGCGCGCUGCCGUGGGAGCUACUCCUGGAAGGACCCCUUCUCCGUCUUCCCUCCCUCCCCCCCCUCCUCCUGUGGCUGCCACGGGUCCUGCUGCUCUUGCUGCUGUCGCCACCUUCUGCACAUCUACCUCUAUCUCCACCUCUGCCACAGCCCCCAACACCAGUACCACAUUCACCAGUGAAGACUCAUAUAGGAAAUGUCACAGAGCACGAGCAGAGAAAGUAGAGGCGCCUCACGUUACUAUAGAAGAUGCACCACAUCGCAAGCCCAUGGACCAGAAGAGGAGCAGCAGCCUUGGGAGCAAUCGGAGUAAUCGCAGUCACACAUCUGGUCGUCUGCGCUCCCCCUCCAAUGAUUCUGCUCACCGAAGUGGAGAUGACCAGAGUGGUAGGAGGAGAGUGCUGCAUAGUGGUUCAAGAGACAGAGAGAAAACAAAAAGUCUAGAAAUGACAGGAGAGAGAAAAUCUAGGAUUGAUCAGUUAAAGCGUGGAGAACCCAGUCGAAGUACUUCUUCAGAUCGGCAGGAUUCAAGAAGCCAUAGUUCAAGAAGAAGUUCCCCUGAGUCGGAUCGACAGGUCCAUUCAAGAUCUGGGUCGUUUGAUAGUAGAGAUAGGCUUCAAGAAGGGGCUCGAUAUGAGCAUGACAGAGAGCGGGAGAGAGAGAGGAGAGACACAAGGCAGAGAGAAUGGGACCGAGAUGCUGAUAAAGACUGGCCACGAAACAGGGACCGGGACAGAUUACGGGAACGAGAGAGAGAACGAGACAAAAGGAGAGAUUUGGACAGGGAGAGAGAGAGGCUAAUUUCUGAUUCUGUGGAAAGGGACAGAGAUAGAGACAGAAUUUUUGAGACUUCUUCUCAAGUAGAGUCUGUAAAACGCAGUGAAGCAAAAUUGGAGAGUGAACAUGAAAGAGACGUAGAAGGCACUUCCCGAGACACUCUGGCUUUGGAUAAAGAAAGAAUGGAUAAAGAUCUAGGAUCCAUGCAGGGAUUUGAAGAUAUAAGUAAAGUUGAGAGAACUGAGAGUGUAGAAGCAGGAGAUGAUGAGUCCAAGUUAGAUGAUGCACAUUCACUAGGAUCUGGUGCCGGAGAAGGAUAUGAACCAAUCAGUGAUGAUGAACUAGAUGAAAUUCUGGCAGGUGAUGCUGAAAAGAGGGAAGACCAGCAGGAUGAGGAGAAGAUGCCAGAUCCAUUAGAUGUGAUAGAUGUGGACUGGUCUGGCCUUAUGCCAAAGCAUCCAAAAGAACCACGAGAGCCUGGGGCUGCACUCUUAAAAUUCACACCUGGAGCUGUUAUGCUGAGAGUUGGGAUUUCUAAAAAGUUGGCAGGUUCUGAACUGUUUACCAAAGUCAAAGAAACAUGUCAGAGACUUUUAGAAAAACCUAAAGAUGGAGACAGUCUUUUUGAACAUGAACUGGGAGCUCUCAACAUGGCUGCAUUACUCCGCAAAGAAGAAAGAGCAGGUCUCCUUAGUAAUCUUGGACCUUGUUGUAAAGCAUUAUGCUUCAGACGGGACUCAGCAAUCCGAAAGCAGCUUGUUAAAAAUGAGAAGGGCUCUGUAAAACAAGCUUACACAAAUGCUCCAGUGGUAGACAGUGAAUUAUUACGACUGAGUCUUCGGUUAUUUAAGCGGAAGACUACUUGCCAUGCUCCUGGACAUGAAAAGACUGAAGAUAAUAAACUGUCACAGCCCAGUAUCCAGCAGGAGUUGUGCGUGUCUUAGGAUGGAAGUUCAGUGAUACUCUUGGUACUGUCAUCCUUCAGGAGUACAUAUUGUUUUUCAGAUUCUUUGCUUUGACAAGCAUAAUAGUGACAAAGGCAGAGAAGAUUUUCCAGCCAUGCUGAAAGAGUGAAGAACUUAGAUCUAAAGUUUAAAGACACUAGUUUUGGCUAACUUAAGAUUUUACGUAGAUUUUUACAUAGUAUUUGUUACACAAAAUAAUGUGAACACAUCUAGAUUUAGUAGUUUACUGUGUACCUUUUGUUAAAACUGAAGAUUUUGGAAAACAGUUGCUACUGCUUUUUUCAGCCUAUGAAUAUAUUUUAUGAAAUGGAGCCACUGACAUAUGUUCUGGGUUAUCCGUACAGAAACUGUGAUUUCAUCCAGAAACAGUGUGUUCACAGAAUGAAUGCACACACUGUGCUGUUCAGAACCCUUGGGGGGGUGCUCAUCCUGCGUGCUCGUGUAUUUAGAGGCAGACCUCCAACAAGACGGAGCCAACAUAAUCUUUUUCUAAAGUUCUGCAAUAAUUACUUAUGUGUCUUUGGUUUUUCUUAAAUAUGUGUGCAUUGUUACAAUGUUUAUUGGAUGUAUUUGAUUUAUAAGUGGUUUUGUUUGCUAUCAAAGACUGUCUACAAUUUUUACUUUUAAUAAAUACCUUCCCUUGUUCUAGA